GCCGCCCGCCCCCCGCGCGGCCCCGCCCGCCGCCCGCGGGCGCUGCGGGACGGGCGGCGGGAGCGCCGAGCCCCGGCCCGGCUGACGGCGCGGCCCCUCCUGGGGCAGAGCUGGUCGAGGGGAAUGUCGUACUGUCUCCACUCAGAAAGCCAUUUGGAUACUGGGCCAAUAUACGUGCGUGAAAAUGGGAAGCUGCAUGUGGUAAAUCGGGGUGCAGGCGGCGUGCAGAAUGUCACUCCCAAAGCAAGACCUUUUAGUCUGUUUUCCAGAACUUUUUCGGUGGAGCUUUGCAUGAACAGGGAGGAUGAUAGGGCAAGGAGGCAGAGGACUGAUCAUUUCAUCUUCACCUACACCAAGGAGGGGAACCUCCGCUACUCGGCCAAGUCCCUCUUCAGCCUAGUGCUGGGUUACAUUUCUGACAAUGUAGAUCACAUUGACUCGUUGAUUGGUUUCCCAGAGCAGAUUGCUGAAAAGCUCUUUUCAGCAGCAGAAGCAAGACAAAAGUUCACAGAGCCAGUGACAGGGCUGAGAGCUCUGCAGAAGUUCACUGAAGCCUAUGGCAGUUUGGUGCUGUGCUCACUGUGCUUGCGGAACAGAUACUUGGUUAUCUCUGAAAAGCUUGAAGAAAUUAAGUCUUUCCGGGAGCUGACGUGUUUGGAUCUCUCCUGCUGUAAACUUGGAGAUGAACAUGAGCUGCUGGAACACCUCACCAAAGAGGCCCUGUCUAGUGUGAAGAGGCUUCUCCUGAAGGACAACUCCCUGUCAGAUGCCGGCCUGCGCAGGAUGACCGCGCCCGUCCGUGUGCUGAAAAAGGGGCUGGACAAUCUGCUGGUGCUGGACUUGUCCUGUAACCCUAAGAUCACAGAUGUGGGAAUUGGAUACCUUCUUUCUUUCAAGAAAUUGAAUUGUUUGGACAUUUCUGGGACAGGUCUCAAGGAUGUUGAUGCUGUCAUAAAGCGGCUUCAAAUGCAGAUAGGUCUGGUUCACUCAAAAGUGCCUCUGAAAGAAUUUGAUCACAGUAACUGCAAAACAGAGGGAUGGGCAGAGCAGACAGUUCUGCAGUGGGAGCAGGCAGUUUUGGAGGCCAUGAAGCCCCAGGAUAAUCUGAGAUCCAGAGUUACAGCUCUUCACUUCUAUGGCAAGACACACAGAAUGGAGGAAGUAGUCAAAUGCACACUGGUGGAGCCAGAAACUAAAGCAUCUGGAAACUUGCAGUUUUAUAAAGAAAACAUUGAAAAUUGCCAUUUACCUUUAAAAAAGGAGGUUGCAGGCAGCCAUGAAUUAAAGAACAAUAAAAAAAGAGCUUUGGCUGAACAAGAGAGAGAAAGGACUUCCAAACAGAAGCAUCUGUGCCUCACUGUGGAGGAUUGGGAUUUGUUAAAUACCUACUGAGUCAGAAAGAAGUGGGUCUUUUGUUUGUUGUUCUCUUGCUGAUGACAGGAUUUGGACAUAUUGAGAGGGAGUGACAAAGUACUGUUAAAUCUGGUUGCUGUGACAUGCCUGUGGGGUAACCUGUGCUGGGGGAGGGAUAGAGACAAGAAGGUUGGUGAUGCUACUGUAUAUUUUCAAUACAUAAUAAUUUUUUCAAAUAAAGUUUUUGUUGUCAUCCUUAA